AUGGAGAAGAAGCCGCCCUCGCUCUGUGCCCGCCUGGAGAGGGCCAUCACGGCUUUUCUCUACACCGGCCCUCCCGGGCGUUCGCGGGCGUGGCUGAUGGGGCUGCAGGUUCCGCUGUGGUUCUGGACGCACCAGCUCACCGUGGAGGGCGAGCGGGAGGGACGCGAGGUGCAGAAGGUGGUGAAUCUGCUGCGCUGGUUCCACGACAAUGGCGCAAGUCUGACGCAAGUCGCGGUUGUUGUCCCGGGGGAGGUGAAGGUGCGGCUGCGGGCCGAGCUGUUGACGGCGCUGCAGAUCGGCACGGUGUCAGACGAGUUGGCGCUGCCGACGCUGUUGGCGCCACACGAGUUGACCGCGAUGAAUGGCCGUGACCGCGUUGUGCACCAGUUUGAGGUUGUUCUUUAUGUCUUGGCCCUCCCCCCAGUGGGCCGCUGCCUGCCUGUGGCGAUGCAGCAAGAGCAGUUUCUUGGCGACGCGAUUGCGAGCGCCAGAGGUGCGUUUAUUUUAAUUGGGGACGUGGGCUGGACCGCACCGCACAUCACAGUCCACUGGCCGCAGUGGAGAACGUUUGUCAUGAAGUUAGAGGAGGAGACGCCCCACGUUUCCUCACAAGGCAAUGCAAAGUUGCCUGAUGCUGCGAGAUUUCCCACGUUGGUGGGGACCCACAUCCCGUUAUGUUGUGCAAGGCACGUGGAGCAGCGGCAGCUGGAGCACGGCGUCGCGCCAAUCGCCCGCACCUGCCGGCGGUUGUGUCUUCAGCCCUUUCUUUGUCAGCGGGAGGGGCAUGUGUGCCUGGAGCCAUGCCACCCACGUGUGUCGCAUACAAACUGCCCGUACGCAUGCCAAACGCUUCUGCCGUGUGCCCAUGAGUGCUUGCAGAGCUGCUCAGAGCGAUGUAAUUGCUUUGAAGUCCACGAGCAUCCCCUUGCCUGCUCCCACAAGACUGUUAUCGGCAUGGAUAAGGUUACCAUGCAGCCCAUCUACGCCGAGGUUCGACAUAUAUUUAAAGGCUACUGCGUCGAUGCCGAGUUCCCCUGUGUUGUUGAAUAUACUACCGACUGUGCACGGUGUUUAGGGCCCUUGACAACGACGUGUUCGGAGGCGCGGCAGCAGAACCAUACCUUGGAGCAGAAGACAAUGUUGUGCCCAGGCUGCAUUCGUUUGGAGCGUGAGGUGCGGGCCAAAGUUUUGGGCGAAAUUCUUGUCAAGACAGAGGAGGCGAAACGGCAGAUGAAGGUGGAGAUGCAGCGAAGUUUGCACCAGCAGCGAAAGGCGUCGUCGCAGGGGCUGUUUCAGGAGGGCAGUCGCGUUACAAUAUGCGACGUUCUCAAGAUUGUCAAGCCCUUGUGCGCCGAUGCGGACUUCCCUGGUGUGCAGUUUGUGGACUACGACGCUCCCGAUUUCCAUGCCAGCAUGGAUGGGGCGUAUGGGACGUUUGUCAGCCGCCACGUGGAUAUUGACGACCUCAGCGAGGUGCGCAACCUUAUUCGACUGCGCGACGGCAAGCACGUGCUGGUGGCUGACGGCGGCGUCAGUCUGAUUCGCGCGCUCACCUCCAACAUCACACAGCAGGCCCCGGCGCUUCUCUUGACGUACGGCGGUGGGGCUGGCGGCGGCGACGGCCGUGGCGGGCCUGCCUCACUGAGGGACAGUGUGGCCUUUGCCAAGGCGGCGAAGAUGAUUGGUCGGAGUUACUACCUUCCCGUCCCUGUGCCGUGCGGCGACAGCGUCGUUUCCGACAAAAUUGUGCGGGUGACGGCGGUGGACCCCGCGUCUCCAGAGGGCGUUGUGGUGGAGUGCACCCGCACCUCCGUCGUUCCGCACGCCGAGGAGGACCACGGCGACGGUGCUGCCGAAACCGAAGCCGACGUCGACGCCGAUAGGAGCAACACUGCAGCCUCCGACGCCCCGGCGCGCAAGCGGCCCCGACCGGAGGCCGCACCGCCGAAGUUGCACCACCUUCGCACCUCCGUCGAGCCCUUGACGUUCACUGUCCCUGUUGCUCUGCUGGAGCCAAUCGAGGGCUACGCGGCUGGGAGGGAGGUGGUGGUGCUCGACCCCACCCGUCAGGUGACUAACCCGCGCGACGUGGAAAUCUUCGAGGCGGUUUUGGCGCAAACGCCUGGCAUUGAUUUGCAGGGCGCCGCGGUCUCAACGGUGCCGGUGGGGAAGGACACCUCUUUUAUACUCCUUGGCGUCGUGAACUCGCCGUCAAACCUGGAGAAGCAGUACGGCCCCUGCGCCGUGCUGCGGCGCCACGUGCGACUCGUCACGGUGCGUUCGGGGCGGCGCGGAAGGGGGGCGCACGGACGCCCCGCCGCCGUGCACCACGUGACGAACGCCAACAGUGGCGCGGGGGGCACGCUGGUGGUUCUCGUCCCGUUUGUUUUUACCGCCGCCGAUGAACUGCUGGAGGCGGAGAACAGCCUCGACGCCGCCGCUGCGGAGAAGUUCGAGCAGCAGGUGCGCGACACGAUCGCCGAGAGGAGUGAGGAGCUGGCGAUCAGGCACGACGAGGAGGCCUUCCAUCGGCAGCGGCAGAUGCCGGAGGUGACGGCGGAGGCGCUCGCGCAGGACCGGUUUGCGUACAGCGUACCGAUCGCUCUGCCGACGGCGGAGUCGCUCGCGGGCGUUCGCACACGCCACGCGCGGCUGUUGUGCGCGUCGCCCACCUCCCUGCGGCUGAGCAGGCAGAAGGACGCCCUCGCGCUAAAGCAGCAGCAGCUGGGCCUCGGCAAGUGGGUUGAGGCGAUGCGGACCCGCUACGCGCAGGACAGGGCGGCGGAUGUUGCGUACUGCAAAGGGCUGCAGCUAACGGCGGCCGUGAAGAAGUGA